AUGCAGCAAACUACAACUAUCCAAACUCAAGAAAAGAUGGAACGACGAAGAAAAAUCUCAGCACACAACAUCUUUCCGAGUCAUAAUGGUGCUUUAUCCCAUGUUGUUGCAUUUGUCGCCACUCUGGGUUUUGUUAUUUAUUCUUCCAGCGACAGUAAAGAAAAGAAAGAAUCGUUUAUAAGAAAACAUCUAGAUUCAACUAUUAAUUUUAUUCAUCUGUUAACAUUUGCUACGUGGGUUGGCAUUCAAGUUUGGGUGCAAGUGUCAGGUAAGAUCUAUCUCUAACAUUUGAGUACACCCAAAAUUAAAGUUAUAGAAAGUGCUCUAAAAUUAUUUUUAGCUAAAAGUUUUAUUAGACCGUUCGUUCAACUUUAACGCCUGUUUUUGAUUCCAAAACGUGUGCGCACCAAGUUGGGGAAACUUGUGACUUUGAGUCGUUGACAAUUGGGAUACAGUUAAGAGAGCUCAACGUUCAAUAUAGGAUCAAGAAACCCUGUAUAAGAAAAAAAUAAACCUGAAAUAUAAGAAACCCUGCAUGAUGAGGGGGUUGCCUUUAGAGUGCAGCUUUUACCUGUAGUCUUAACCAUCGACUUCAUGGUACAAUUAGAGAAAUAAGUCUAUUACAAUGAAUCACAACACUCUCUGACACGAUAUUUUUAUUUACGAGCUUUCGGCUAUCAGAUCUAUAACCUUCAAGAGAACGUUGUGAUGACUGAUGUAUAAUUAAUGUUUUUGAUCAGUUGUUUGUUUUCCCGGGAAAGUUAAUUUUCUCUGUAGUAUUAAUUAAUGAAGGUAUUUCUGUUUGUUCUCACAGGUUUCACGAUGUUUAAAACGUUGACCAGAAGCGCGUUUGCGCAAGUCCAGAGUCGAAUCUUCCCAAUGUACUUCAUAUCUGGCAUAAUAAUGAGUACUAUCUCGCUCUUCACUCAUCUGUACAUGAAUCCCGUGAAAUCAUGGCAGGAAGACAGUCUAUCUUUGUAUCAGGUGUGUAACUCGCGGCAUUUGUGCUUUUCCAUGCGGUAUAUUGUACAUUAAUCUUUCUCAGGCCGUGCGACCAGGCCUUUUCCUGACAUGAGCUUCGUCGCAUGGCACGAGGAAGGCUAUAGUUUGGCCAAUACAUAGUUAUGAAAUUACAGCAAUCGUGUCUUCCGUCAAAAAGGCUCUCUAUAACCUUAGUCCGUACUCUUUCUCAUUUUACUGAAUUAUGCCAGUCAAUUUAAGAAUUGAAUUUCACAGAUUGAAGACAAGAUCAAUGUAUAUAGGUUAAAAUUAAUAAAUGUUUAAAAAACAUUUGUGGCAAAACAGGAAGUUAAAUAUAAAUGUCUUCAACUAACAGCUGGUCCUGGGAAAAAGAAAUCAAUGCAUAUCAUUUUUCGUAAACAAAGUGACUCGGCGGCUGUCCGUGUCACUUUGUGCUGUUUUCUACCACUGCAACAGUAUGUAGUUUGCUCGCAGCGACAUGUUGUACACUAAUCUAAUAGAUAAAUUACAAUGGAAAGAUUUUCAUCCUAUUUUCAACACCUUUGACCUUACAAGUUCCGUUUUCGGCCUUUUGUGGCACUUUCGUCUUUAGCAAGCUUUCUCGUUAUGUGCGUAACCAAAAUCCAUCCUAUAUAAAUUAAUACACACGAUUAAUUUUAGAGUACCUUGUCUAUAUAUCAAGACAGCCUCUGUUAUCGUGACAUAGUCGGCGAUGUGAAAUAGACUGGACAUAUCUUGUAUUUCUAUCAAACCAUGCAGACUUAAGCUGAAUUUCCACUUACAGAGAAAUAUUUCGGAUUUCCAUUUCGUGGUCGAAAUAUUUUGCUUGAUUCCUUUUGAAUUGUGACCAUCCAAAUUCUAAUUGACUGUUCAGAAUUCAAAAGAAAUUAAGCGAAAAAUUUCGACAACGAAAUCUUUCUUGCAAGUGGAAAUCCAGCUUUAGUCUUUAGCAAACUUAUUGAUUAAAAUAACGAACAUGUAAUUUCAUGUAUAGGCACUCAGUAUCUCUGUUUCCUUGCUGUGUUCACUUGUGAAUUACUUCUACCUUGGACCUGAGACGAUCAGGAUGGUGCAGAUCAGAGCACAACGUGUAAAGUUUCUCGGAAUUGAAGAUGGUGUUGGUCCAGUUAGCCCAAAACUCGUAGAGCAUGAUUUUACGUACAGGGAAAUAAAACAAAGAUUUAUCAAAAUGCAUGCAGCAUGUUCUAUGGUGAAUGUUAUAUGUUAUGGUGCUUGUGGUGUCAACCUGUGGUGCUUGGCUAGUAAGCAAGUCUUGUGUUAG